GGAAGUAAAACAAUUCCAUAUCCGGGUGACGCGAUGUUUACGAUCCGGAUGUUGGAUGGCUAAUGCUAAGUAUCGAGGAAGAGAAAGCUCCAUUUACGGCAAAUAUUACGACCACUUCACUCACCACUAAUGGCAUCUCAGAUCCCCAUUACCGUCAGGGCUCCGCCUGCAGCCGCCAGCUCCGCCGCUCUCCGGGGGAAGAAACGUCCCGGUAGUCCGGCGGUUUGUGCCGCUCCGCCGGCUAACGGGAGCAGCAACAGCGGCAAGAAGAAGAAAGGACAGCCGACAGCGACACAGACAACACAGGCACAGAUAACAGCAGUGGAGGCGGUGGCUGAGGUGAAAGCGGUGGGAACAGCUGACAGCGCUGCGACUGCCACCACAGAGUCCACAGCAAAGCCUCCACCAUUCAAAGACCCCACAUUUAUGCAUUCAGGGAUUGGUGGAGCAGCAGCAGGUAAAAAGAACAGGACCUGGAAGAAUCUCAAACAGAUUCUGGCUUUGGAGCGGACUUUACCCUGGAAGCUCAAUGACCCCAACUACUACAACAUUGAUGCCCUUCCCUCCUUGAAGCCAACCAAGAAAUACUCUGACAUUUCUGGACUCCCUGCAAACUACACAGACCCUCAGACAAAGCUACGCUUCACAUCCUCGGAGGAGUUCUCCUACAUCCGCCUUCUCCCCACUGAUGUUGUUACUGGCUACCUUGCCCUUCGAAAGGCAACUUGCAUCGUACCCUGACAGCAGGGCUUGAAACCUGAAACAGGUUCAAACCAGAACUGAACUCAGUGUAGGAAUGCGUUGGGUUUGCCAGGAGACGCAGAGCACAGGCUGCUCACAGAGAGGCAACACAUUUGUGAACGCCAGUGAAGAGACUGGAGCUCGUAGGCCGGCCUCUGCUAAACAUUUGCUUUGCUGUCUUUAAGAAGACAAUCUGAGUCAACUAGUCUCUGUUUUUUACUAUGUAAAACUUAUAUGAAAGAGUCUUUAUUCAAAAGUUAGCAAUAAGAUAUUCUUUUGCUUAUUUGUUCAAAUACAUUUCUCAGUAUCCUUGAGGACAUUUUCCCAUUAAGUGUUCCUAUAAACUCUGGGGGAAUGUUUGGGAACUUGACAUGGAUAUGCUCCUGCUAAAUCCUCGGGGAACAUACAGUUGUUUGUCAACUGCUCAAUACAGGCAUUGCUGCUAGGAUGCCCCCUUGUGGUCUAACAUCUGUUUCGAGUGGUGUAAAUAAGAGAAGUUGUGGACAAAAAUGUUGCAGUGCUGUUAGAGUGAGUUUGUCCAUUUCAUUUCUUUUUUAUAAGAAGCCCAUUAAAGCUAACUUAAAUUUGGUAUUCAACUCUCCUUUUCUGUUCUUUCUCAUGUUUUUUUUAUAUAAACAUACAGUUCUCAGUUGAAAGUGAAGACAGAAGCAAAAUUGCUGGCUGAAUAUGUUAUUACACUUGUUGGACAUUGACAUUAAAAACCAUUAUCAACACAA